AUGAGUGAACCGGACCAUGGAACAUUCUUUACAACUCAUAGGAUUAAUGAUGUAGAAAAUCUGGUUGUUCCUAUGAGAAAUGGUCUUUGCAGCCAGAAGUAUAAACCUGUUGGUUACAAACAUCUGUAUGAACUUGCUGCAGUAGAAAAAAUGGCAUCUGCAAAAAUUCAAUUAAAGAUUAAAAAAAUAGAGCAAGUUUCAAAAAUUAACAAAGAGCAAAUGCUGCUGAAACAGCAUCGGCAAGUGUGGUGGCAAGAGCAUGAAAGACUGAGUGAGAACAGGAAAAAAGCAGAAGCAGAAAUAAAGACUUUCCUUAAUGAAGAAAGCCAUAAGCACAACUUUUUUUUGGAUAUGAGGGGCUUGGAGCAUAAAUUAUCAAAGGAGCGGAAUACAUACCAAACAAAUACUGUAGUUCCUAUCUAGCAACUAAAAGAAAAUUUGAAAUUCAGGCUAUCUGAAAUGCAGUGUUACCUCUCAGAAGACUCUUGUCUGAAAUCUAAGUUCAGUCCAGCUGAGAUGUUACAGCAGAUCAAAUUUAUGAAGAAGCAACAGAAGGCAAUUUUGGAAUUCCUUAUCCUUGAAAGUCUAGCUUUGGAAAGAGAGCUUGAAGACUAUAAAACAAAAGCAUUAGCACAUUCUUUUGAAGAGGAAAAUGGACUUUUCCUUGAAGUUCCUUCAGCACUACUGUCUUUGGAAUGCCCCUACCCUGAUUUGAAGACCUUAGUUACCAAUGAAUACUGAAAGCUUGCAAGUGGGUACUGGUCUAAGCUUCAAGAGAUUAAUCAACAGUUAAAAGCUUUAUAUAGGAACAUUGAAUGGAAGGAAAAAGAUCAGUGGGUUUUUCAGACUGUUAUCAAUCAGUAUCGAAGUGAUCUUCAGAGGAGGACGACUUUGUACCUCGAUGUGCUGCAGAGAUACCUUCCUCACAAAUCUAGGCAUGAUCUGGUUGUUCAUGAGAAAGCUUGGGAUCGUUACCAUUUCAUUAGGAAUCAGCACAGAGUCUUGAUAUUAAAUUGGGCUGAGGCUAGGAAAGCCUUUUUGCUUAGGGCAGUGACGACUGUUGCUGAAGCCUCUGCUGCUCAUGAGACAGAAGUAGUAUUGGCUAAUACCAGGCAAAAGCAAGAGGAGAUUUGUGCUGAUCUGAAAGCAAAGGUUCUACAGUGGAAAGCACAGCAGGAAGAGGCUAUUAAACUAGAAGCUGCUGUAGCUGCCAGAAGAAAAGAAAGUGAGAAAGAAAGGCUACAGAAAGAACAGGAAAUGAUUCGUAGAGCUCAGGAGAAAGAGAAACUUUUAUACAGUUUGGCAUAUUUGAAAAAGUACUGGGCUGAGAAACAGCUCAAGUGGCAAGAACAGGAAGAGAGAGAUCUACAACAUCUGGAGGAAUUAACAAAAUUAAUGGCUGAACAAGCAGUUAAAGACAGAGAAAGGGUAAAGGUUAGACAAGCAUUACUAGAAAAACAGUUGCUGGAAAAAAAGUAACUGGCCCUUCAAGAAGCAUGUGAAGAAGAAAAAUAGAAAUGCCAUUAAGCACUCUGACAACAGAUGAUUUCUGACCUUAGACUUUGUGUUGAGCUAGCUCUUCAAGAAGCUGGACUUCACAAAACACUUUAUGCAAAAGAGAUUUUAUCAAAAGUUCCUCCAUUGAAGCUUCCAAGAAGAGAUAUGGAGUCUACAGCUUUUAAAAUGUAG